UCAGUGGCGCGCGCGGAGGGCUUCCUGCUUUACAGCGCCUCCGAGCGCUGUUGCGCGCUCUCUGCAUUCCCAUCCGUUCCGGUUAUGUGGCUGCUGGGAUUGGGAAGCAGAGAGGCGCCGCUCUGUUGUUCCUUCGAGAGAGGAACGGAGCGGGACCUCCCUGCUUCUCAGCGCCGGGUAUCGGUGGCGCGGGCGUCGCAAGUUUCGGGAGAAGGACUUGAUAAUCACAGCUGCAACCAUAGAGGAGCGGGAGUCUAUCUUGAACAAGUGUGGCAAGAGCACAGCAGAAAGAUAUUCCCCAUUCCCGAUGCCUGGCUCCUCGCCAUCCUCUUCUCCAUCUCCCAAGAGCCUGUUGCAGCCCAGUUUGAGAAGAAGCAACCAGAACCGGCCAUCGGUGGUGAUCCAAGUGACACCAUCCAAGCAACAAGUCCACCAGUCAUUGGUGCUGAGCCAACCGAGACCCAUAACCACUUCCAAUGACAAACGGAACCAAGCAGUGCUGAUCCAACAGGUUGCCCUCGCAGACAGCAGUCAACAGCCCUCCUUCUUCCUGCCGCUUCAUGGGUCCUUACUGCCGCCAGAAGUUCAGGCAGUCAACCCAGGUCAUACCUUUUCCCACCGGAUGAACAUGGUGAAAUGGGAUUGUGCUCACCAGACUCCUCUCACAGCACCACGCUCCAGAGAGAGGUCCCCCGGGAAGAGGCUUCCUGUAAAUAUCACCCCUUGUUUCUACCAAUUUGAAGAAAGAGCUGUGUGCAGGGAGCCCAGACGGAGUGAAACUGAGUGGCAGAGGCAAGAAGAGUUGGUGAACCAGUUAGAAGAACAGCUGGCACAAGAGAAGCAGAGACUGUAUGUUAUGCGGGCAGAGCUGGCACCAAAGCCCUCUUCACAACCCAUGUAUGCACCAGGGGCAAUCCUGCCAGGCCAGAGCAAAGGGCCAAGGGUUGAGCUGCUGAACCCAGGAUGCCUCUCCAGCAGCCACGGAGCCCACGCCUGCUCAGAGAGAAACCACAGCUUGGAAUGUUACCGGCUCACCACCAUCCGUCCACCCUUCACAUAUGCUGCUCUCAUUAGCUGGGCCAUUCUAGAAUCUCCCAAGAAGCAGCUCAGCCUGAAUGAGAUUUAUCAGUGGUUCAGCAAGAACUUUGGCUUCUACAGGCAAACAAUUCCUACCUGGAAGAAUGCCAUUCGACACAACCUUAGCUUACACAAAUGCUUUGUGCGUGUGGAGAACAUGAAGGGAGCUGUGUGGACGGUGGACGAGUCUGAAUACCAGAAGAAGAACCACCAGCGCUCCUCCCUUUAUCCAUAUUCGCUUCUGGACAGGCAGAGAGCAGGAGGCUCUUCCGCAGCCUGGGAGGCGACGGCUCAGCCAAGAACAGAAAGGAGUGCCCACGGCACGCCAGAGUCCGCUCUCCCCGCUUCGUUUCCUCAGUGACUGCAGGACAGAGGAUCCGCUGCAGGCUUUCUGCCACGAGGGCUUGGCUGGGGAGGCGUGCGCCUGGUGUCUCAAGCAGGCUUCCGGUGCUCUCCAGCCCCUUUGGUGUCGCUGUCCUCAUUGUGCGUAUACGACCUAGAAUGGACAGGUUUGAAACUAGAAGCGGCCAAGGGAUCAGAUUGGAAGGCAGGAAGAGCCCAUGCAGCCUGAACCACCCAUAUACACCCCAGGCUUCCAGUUAGUCUCUAGCAAUCAGCACCAAUACUCUGCAAAAAAACAAAAUGAGAUUUUAUUGGAUUUUUUUUUUAAGGGGGGGGGAUGGAGAAUAAGGGGUUUUGCUUGAAAUAAUAAAUGGAGGAAACAAUG